UAAAAACCAUUGUAAGACAAGACCCCUGUAGCAAACAAGGAAGUUAUUUAAAAUGACAAACUGUACACGCAUGAUUAAAUUGAUGGUGAUCCCAGGUUAUUAACCACCAUUUCGACGUGUUGCCGUGACUUUAUAGCGAUGUGUCCCGGAAGAACAUAGGAAGAGGAUGAAAACGACUAAAAACGUGUGGAUUCUUGUCAUAUGGCUGUCCCUCACAGUUUUGCAGGUGGAAAUCUCGACACAAAACUCAUGGAAUUGGUUUGAGGCACAGCAACUAUGUAAAGAAAACAAUGACAGCCUACCUAAACCUAACACAUUCAGUUCAUGGACACGGCAACACUGGACAAGUCAAUAUAGACGAUAUUCAUUUUGGAUCAAAAUUUUAGGGUGUUACAACGAUACCGAACCUGAUGAUACACAGACUUUCCAGAUGGAUAUUCCAUCAGCAGGAUUCUGUCAAGAGAUUUGUGCAACUGUGAACUCGUCUACAUUUGGAAUCAAACAGAAAGAAUGCAAAUGUUUUGGAAACCUCUUUAUGGAGCAACCUGUUUCACAGAACCAUUGUAAUAUGGUACAUCAGACUACUGGUAGAUUUACAGAACUUGGGAGCAUCAAUGCUUACACGUUAUACGAAUCAGAUUUCAACGUCACAAAGAGAGACAAAAUCUACUGUGUUGCAAUACAAUGUCACAAACACAAGCAAUUCUACUUUGUGCCAGAUGCCAAUUGCUCUUUGUCCUUCGGAGCGGUUUGUCAGAACUCGGUUUCAAAAAGUUAUCAGAACUGGACAUCAUCAAUGCAGUUAUGUAAGAAGGAAAAUUCUUCCUAUUUGGCGGGUAAUAUUUCUCUGAAUGACAUUGACCAGACGUGCGACAGACUCAACGUAACAUUGACUGGCCCAUCAUGGCUAGGUGUAGCGAAAGAACUCUACAUGGGAUCUGACCGCGGUGUGCCUGUCAAAACAGAAGAGAUGAAAUCAUUUUUACAGUGUGUUAAAUGCCAAGGUGACUAUUGUGGGUACUUUGUCAACUGUACAGAAAGAUUAGAUACUGUUUACUGUGAAAAGGGUUUCAGUACUGCAACUAUAAAACCUGCCACAGCCAUAGACAAACAUGGAACAACCUGGUCCGUUUCACUGACUUCCGAUAUAUCCACACAAACUUCAGAAUCUCUCACAGCAUCAAGCAAACCUGGAACAACACAGUCUGUUACAUAUACUUCAGAUGCAUUCAAGCAUACUCCAGAGACUUCUACUAGUAAACAAGGUAUAAACAACUCCAGUAACACCUUAAGUAUAAUUCUCCCCGUGGUGGUGACUGUCGUUUUGAUUGGAUGUUUUGCUACAGCAGCAGUUUUCUAUAUACGGAGAAAGAGAGGACUAAGAAAUCAAAAUAACAUACAGCUGGAUUCCAACGACACAGACAACAACUAUACUGACAUUGAUAUUGAUGUGAAGAAUAAGAAUUAUUUUGUCCUCGAAACAAAUUAUAGCAGUUCACAUGUCCAGACGGAUGAAAGUAACCCUUACAAGGACAUUUCAGAGGGAAUAUAUGACCAUCUUAGAGACAAAGAAUCGAGGAAAAGAAAUGAAAAGGAUGGUAAAGCCAACGACAGUAACCUGUAUAAGGAAACAGAUGGGGGACUCUAUGACCAUUUACGCGACAUGGAAUUUGGAAAAUCCACAGAGGAAAAUGACUAUGAUCACGCACCGCCCGCUCCAGAACAAGACUAUUCUGCUCAAGGCAGAAUGAAUGAACACACUUUUAACACUGAGUACGAUCAUUCCAUGUCGUUCUAUGAUUACAAACAACAUGAUCAAGUUAUUGAAGAGACAGAUGGUGGAUAUGCUAAAACUGUUAAUGUGUCAUAAGAGAGGGAUGGGUCGUCAGAGCACAAUGUAAAGCACUAUGUAAAUAGAGAAAGUUCUUAAGACAAAAAUACUCGCACCCUGGUGUUUGCUGUUUAGCCAAAGACUUUAAUGUAUUUAUCACAUGGCGAUAGUAUAAUUGAACGCAUUCUAACAUGUAUCAUCCUUGUUAAAAUCAUUAUAUGAUAUAGUUAAGUUUCAUUGUAUUUGGCCUAUACAAAUUGACGUCAUUCGAUUGAAUAAUAUCAGUCACUUGCGACAUUUUAAUCAAGUAUGAAUGACGUUAUCUAUGAAAGCUAAAAUGUAUGGUUACUAGGGCCCAAAUUUAACAAGGUCACUCAACCAAAGGCUAUAGGUCAACUAUACAUAUGAAGCAAGGUUACUGAAUGUAACAUUACACCUUUUAUAUAUGCAAGUUUCAUCUAAGUAAAAUAUAAGUAAUACAGUUAUAAGUACAUGUAACAUAAUAUAUAAAUAGUAUAUAUGUGAAAGCAAUGGAACCUGCGCGCAAAACAUAAUUUGGUCUCUUAUUCAGAAAAUGAAUGUCCAUUGCGCAUUUGCUGGAAUUUCACAUAAACAACAUGCCACCAUUUGUAUGCCAAGUUCCCAUUUUUAUGUUCAAUCAUAUCAACUUGAUCCAUUCUUAACAUAUGAUUAUUAUAAUAAUGUUGCUUUUAUUAACAUGAGGUUAACGGUCAUUUUCUGAAGGACCUAAACAAGUUACUUGAAAAUCUGUAAUAUCAUUUUUGCUUAAUAGAGUUAAUAAAUUCCAGAUGCCAAUAUU